UCUCUCUCUCUCUAUAUAUACCCCCUUCUCUCUCUUCUCCUCCUCCUCAAGUUCGAAUCCUAAACCAAACCCAGAAAGUAGAGAGGAAGGAGUCUCGUUUCUUGUUCCAUCGUUUGAUGCUGCGAAAGAUGGUUGAUUUAGAUUGGAAAGCAAAGGGAGCCACCGCAACCGCCUCCGACAUGUCCCGGAAGUCGCCCAGGCUCUCCAACAAGCUCCACCUGGUCAUCCCCACGCCGUUCCGCGGCGGCUACGACGUGCCGGCCGCCUCGGACUCGGCCUCCUCGGCUUACGAGUAUUACCUGCGGCUCCCCGAGCUGCGGAAGCUGUGGGGACGCAGGGAGUUUCCCGAUUGGAAGUCCGAGCCCCUGCUCAGGCCCGCCCUGCAGGCGCUCGAGAUCACCUUCCGCUUCGUCUCGACCGUCCUGUCGGACCCCAGGCCGUACGCGAACCGGCGCGAGUGGAAGCGGCGGCUCGAGUCGCUGGCCGCGACCCAGAUCGGGCUCGUGGCGGCCAUCAUCGAAAACGAGGAAGAGGGGGCGGAAACGCGCGGCGGCGCGCCGAUCGCGGACUUGAGUUCGGGUCUCGGCGUGCUGGCUCGCGACGGCAGCUCGGCGGAGGUCUGGCGGCUCCCCGGGGGAGAGGCCGCGGCCACGGUGGUGAGCCGCACGAGCGAGACCAGCCUGCUGCCCAGGCUGCUCACGUGGCAGACGUCGGAGGAUGUGGCGCAGAAGAUCCUGUACACCAUCGAGUGCGAGAUGCGGCGGUGUCCGUACACGCUGGGCCUGGGAGAACCGAACCUGACGGGCAAGCCGAGCCUCGAGUACGACGCCGUUUGCAAGCCCGGUGAGCUCCACUCGCUCAAGAAGAACCCGUACGAUCACCAGAUCCAGAAUCACGAGUGUCAGAACCUGUACACGUCGCACCAGAUCCUAGAGUCGUGGAUUCAGACAUCGCACGAGCUCUUGAAUCGCAUCGAGGAACAGAUCGAGAGCAAGAGCUUCGAGAUGGCGGCGGUCCACUGUUACUUGCUCGAGAGGACGUGGAAGCUGAUGAUGGAGAUCGAAGACCUUCACCUGUUGAUGGACCCCGAGGAUUUCCUCCGGCUAAAGAACCAGCUGGACCUCCGGAGCGAGACGGCGGCGUUCUGCUUCCGCUCGACAGGGAUCGUCGCGAUGACGAGGAAGUGCAGGGACCUGAAGCACAAGGUGCCGUACAUCCUCGGCGUCGAGGUGGAUCCGCAGGGAGGGCCACGAGUGCAGGAGGCGGCGAUGAGGCUGUUCGGCGGCGAGAAGAGCGACCAGUACGCGAAGAUCCACCUCCUGCAGGCGUUGCAGGCGAUCGAGGUGGCGAUGAAGAGGUUCUUCUUCGCGUACAGGCAGGUGCUCGUGGUGGCGCUGGGGAGCUUGGAGGCGACGGCGAGCCGGGCGGCGAUGAGCCUCGAGAGGGACGACUCGCUGAGCCAGAUGUUCCUGGAGCCGACGUACUUCCCGAGCUUGGACGCCGCGAAGACGUUCCUGAGCGACUCGUUGAGCCGGGAGCGUCAUCAGACGUCGUGAGCCAUGACUAGCGAGGGAAGAAAGAUGGAGGCAUUGGCGAGUUUGACUUGGACGGGGCGGUCAACUCGUUCGAAAUUUGACUGAAUUUUUGUUCCCAUGAAAAAAAAAUUGGUAGAAUUCUCUCUCUAUUUUUGUUUUUGUUUUUGAUUUUGAUUUUGCACUUGAAAUGGGAUAGGGAUCAAUUAUUUAUUCUUUGUAUAAUAGUUUUGAAAGUGGAUUGAUUAUUGGGCGACUUUGAUUUCUAA